GGGUACGCGGCGGAGGGGUACCCGCAGGAGGGGUACCCGCAGGAGGGGUACCCGCAGGAGGGGUACCCGCAGGAGGGGUACCCGCAGGAGGGGUACCCGCAGGAGGGGUACCCGCAGGAGGGGUACCCGCAGGAGGGGUACGCGGGCAGCGGCGAGUACCCGCAGGAGGGGUACGCGGCGGAGGGCGAGGCGCCGCAGGGGGGGUGGGGGUACCCGCAGGAGGGGUACCCGCAGGAGGGGUACGCGCAGGAGGGGUACCCGCAGGAGGGGUACCCGCAGGAGGGGUACGCGCAGGAGGGGUACCCGCAGGAGGGGUACCCGCAGGAGGGGUAC